AUGCCAGCAUACCAAUUAAUAGCAUUAAUAUUCAAAUUGAGCACGUUGUUCAAUUUUAUCGCACUGUGCAGGGCAUACAAUGUACAAUUUCCACUGGCCGACAAGUAUUGCCAAUCCACCGUUGUAUACAAACGGCAUCCUACUCGCCCAGUUAAGAUUGGCAAUGUGACAAUCGGAGGAAACAAUCCAAUCGCAAUACAAACUAUGACUAGUUCCGAUACGGCCAACGUCCCGGACACAGUGGACCAAAUUCUACGCUGCGCUGAUGCAGGCGCUAGCAUAGUUAGACUGACGGUUCAAUCCCCCCGAGAGGCGAAAGCAUCACAUGAAAUUAAGGAUAGAUUACUGGCCAUGAAUUGCCACAUACCAUUGGUUGCGGAUAUCCAUUUCAACCCAAAGAUUGCACUGCUUGCUGCAGAUGUUUUUGACAAAGUGAGGAUCAACCCAGGCAAUUUUACAGAUGGCAGAAAGACCUGGGACAAUAAGGUGUACAACACUGAGGCCGAGUUUUUAGAAGGAGGAGAAAGGAUUAGACAAGAUGUUGCGCCGCUUAUUGAGAAAUGCAAGAGAUUGGGCCGAGCUAUAAGAAUUGGCACCAAUCAUGGGUCCCUUUCCUCGCGUAUCCUCAGUUACUAUGGAGAUACACCUAGGGGGAUGGUGGAAUCUGCACUUGAAGUUGCAAAAAUUUGCGUGGAAAUGGACUUUCACGAUAUUGUAUUCUCCAUGAAAUCGUCCAACGUCAAUGUAAUGGUUCAUUCGUAUAGACUAUUGGCCAGUGAAAUGUACAAACGCGGAUAUAAUUACCCAAUACAUCUAGGUGUUACUGAAGCCGGGUUGGGAACUGAUGGGCGGAUCAAAUCAACCCUGGGAAUUGGAUUGUUGUUGUUAGAUGGGUUGGGCGAUACAAUCAGAAUGUCACUUACAGAAGAUCCGUGGCACGAAAUCGCUCCUUGCAAACAGCUUUUAAAUCAUAUAUCCACGCUCAGAACCAAAAAGGUGGAAGAUUUCGUCGAAAUGCAUCGUGAUUUCACAAAUAUCGCACGCAGGAAUUUGGAUUACACCCAGAACAAAAUUGGCGAUAACAUACUAAAUAAGGAUGGAACAGUUGCAGUUAGUACGCCUAUUAGUGAAUUUGCUGAUCCCAUUAAUUUGUACAAUUCAUUAGGCUUGGAACUGGUUAAUGGGAUUCCACGAAAAACCCUAAACAGCGCAGACAUGAUAUACAUCCCCAGCCUAAAUCCACAUUCUUUGUCCUAUGGAAGGACAUUUAAGGAGCUAGCGGAAGCGGGCGUAUCACUACUGGCAAAUUACGACGAUCUGAUCAAGUAUAGAAUACCCCAAGCCAUACCUCUAAUAGAUCUGGACUCUCCAAACCUAUCGACUAAUUUUCAAUGCAUAUCUGAUUUAAACCACAGGGGCCAUUUUGCCAUGAGAAUUCGUGGAAACGAAGAUAUUCACACGUUUAAACAAAAUUCAAAGCUAAACCCCUCAUUCUUUGUGGUUGAUCUCCCCAUAGAUGGCGACAUAAUUUCCACCCAUCGUAGGGUGAUGAACAUUGUUUGCGAAUUGGAGUUAUCUCAGCCCAUAAUAUUCUACAUACCUCGACAAUUGUGCGGAAUAAUACCUAUUACACUGGCGGCAUCAGCACCGUUGGUGGACAAAAUGGCUGAGGGAUUACUAUUGCACAUAGAUAGUGUCAGCUCCUCUAGGAAACUAGCAUUGGAUAUCCUUCAGGGGGCUAGAAUGAGAAGCUUCAAAACUGAUUUUGUAUCCUGUCCCUCAUGCGGCCGCACACUUUUCGAUAUACAGGAUACAACUAAGAAAAUAAAGGAGCGAAUGGGCCACUUACCCGGAGUUACUAUUGCUGUUAUGGGAUGUAUUGUCAAUGGAAUCGGAGAAAUGGGCGAUGCGGACUUUGGCUAUGUAGGCGGCGCGCGUGGGAAGGUUGAUUUGUACAAGGGGAAGGAACUGGUGGAACGGUCUGUUCCUACAGAGAAGUCCUUUGACCGCCUAGAGCAGUUGAUCAGAGAAAGUGGACGGUGGGUAGACCCACCCGGCUAA